AUGGAGAAACUAUAGAGCAUACCCAAUUAUGAGAUAGUUAGGAUAAUAGGAUCAGGGGCAUUUGGUAAAUUUUAUAAAUAAUAUCAAGGUUAUGUGUUUGAAGCCUUUGAUUAAUAAAGACGCUAAAAAGUAGCCUUAAAAAGAAUGCAAAAAGUUGGUAAAUUAUAGAGUAGAGAAUGCGAAAUAUUGAUGUAGUUAAAGCAGUGUAGUUAUGUAGUGAAAAUGCUAGUAUAAGAUUAUAUUAUAUAGGAUGUAUUCUACAGUAGAAGUGAAGAUAAUAAAAUGAUUUAAAAUAUUAUACUAGAAUUUAUGGAUCAAAAUUUAGAAGAUAUCAUUGGCGAUCACAGAAAAAGAAAAACCUAUUUGGAAUCCAAAGAGCUUAAGAACUACCUCUAUUAAAUGCUUAAAGGUCUUGAUUAGAUUCACAGAAAGCAUAUAGCUCAUAGAGAUUUAAAACCGUAAUUGUAUAAUAUAAUUAAAAAGAGAAAAUAUAUUAGUUAAAGAUGGGAAAAUUAAAUUAUGUGAUUUUGGUAGUGCAAAGUAACUUAAACCAUCUACUAUAAAUACACCUUAUAUUGUAUCGAGAUUUUAUAGAGCUCCAGAAUUACUUUUGGGAGUAACAGAAUAUGAUGUAUCAAUUGAUAUGUGGGCAACUGGGUGCAUAAUGGCUGAAUUAGCUUUACUUGAACCAUUGUUUAUUGGGAAAUCAGAAGGGGAUUAGUUUUUUCAAAUUCUCAGAAUUUUAGGAUCUUUUUCCAAAUAGGAUCUCAAAUAUUAUUAAAAAGUUGUUCCUUUUGAUGUAAAAUUAUUCAAAGAGUUUCCAAAUUAUGAACCAAUUGAUUUAGAUGAUAAAUUUGAUCAUGUAGAUGAUAAAGAUUUAUUUAUUGAUUUGCUGAGGUAACAUUAUUGAUUUGAGUAAUUAAAUAGCAAAUUAUUAAAAUACAUACCAGAGGAAAGAAUUACAGCAAGCUAAGCAUUAAAACAUUAAUAUUUUUAAGAAAUUCUAGACUAGUGA